AAAAAAUAAAAACGCUCAUUGGAGAACUGAGCGUGUCCUGUCUGCCUGCUCCGGUAGUGGCUACGUGUAAUUCUCGGGGAAAAUGGCAGAUAGAAAAAAUAAUAAUGCUCCAAACACCAGUGCAAAUUUACUAUUCAGCGCCGCUCCGGAGUUUAACUUCAAUUUGCCUUUCAUGCCAGUGAGUCAGGCCACUGGUCCGGCGGUGCUGUCAGGAGUAGAUGACUCCACUGAUGUUGGAGAAGAAGACAGCUUUGUAGGUCAGACAUCUGGGAAUGGACAUGCCCCGUCUACAUUCAGCUACUUCUCCAGUCCCGUAACCAGUACUGACCCAUUUGCAUCCAUAGGCCAGUCUCCAUGCCCCCCGCCAGUGCUGUCUGCAGCCCCGACCACAACGGGACACGUUUCUAUUCCCAGCAGUGUCAGCAUGGUUCCACCACAACCCCCACCUGCCAGCUCACAAAUGAACCCUUCUCCUCCGAUGUUUGGUAGUGCAGUUUACCAGAGCCCCAUGGGGCAUCACACUCCUCCCCCUACCACAAUGACCCCACCGCCUCCCCAGAUGCAGCCGCAGAGCCACAACCCGUACAGACACACCCCCACCAGCAGCAGAGCUAGUCCUUAUAUUCCAGCUCCGGAAAUCCUGCCGCCAACACACAUGCCACAGCAGAAUCCCUACUUGGUCAGCUCGCCACCGCAAACAUUCCCCCCAUCAGGACCCAUGUAUACAAAGCCUCCUCCCACACAGAUUCAGGGCCCUCCACCUCCACUUCCAGCCACCACAGCUGGAGCCGUCGUUCCUGCUGUUCCCAUGAUGCCGUACAACUACAACGUCUAUGAGCCAGUUCAGCCUCACUGGUUCUACUGCAAGCAGGUGGAGUCAAAAAGCGUCUGGCUUCCUUUCAGUAUCUUUGACUCCCUUCAGCUUGAGGAGACGUACAACUCUGUUCAACCAGAUCCAGAAAGUGUGAUCGUACGCACAGACGGAGGGAGGUAUGAUGUGCAGCUUUAUGACCGCAUGCGGACUGCAGUGUACUGGGAGGAGGAGCCUACAGAGGUCCGACGCUGCACCUGGUUCUACAAAGGAGAUACAGAUAGUCGCUUUAUUCCUUACUCUGAGGAGUUCAGCGAUAAGCUCGAGGCUGAAUAUAAGAAAGCUGUGUCUACCAACCAGUGGCACCGCAGGCUGGAGUUCCCAUCAGGGGAAACUAUUGUGAUGCACAAUCCGAAGGUCAUAGUGCAAUUUCAGCCCUCCUGCGUACCAGAUGAGUGGGGCACAACUCAGGACGGGCAGACCAGACCCAGAGUGGUGAAGAGAGGGAUCGAUGAUGACCACGAUGAAGUGCCUGAUGGUGAGCUCUCAACGGUGGAUCAUCUUGUGUUCAUGGUUCAUGGAAUUGGCCCCGUGUGUGACUUGAGAUUUCGGAGCAUGAUUGAGUGUGUGGACGACUUCCGUAAUGUGUCGCUGAAGCUGCUGCAGAGCCAUUUUAAGAAAUCGCUGGAUGAGCACGCUAUCAGCAGAGUGGAGUUUCUGCCUGUGCAGUGGCACACGGCUCUACAUGGAGAUGCCACAGGGGUGGACAGGAGGAUAAAGAAGAUCACUUUGCCCAGCACCGGGCGUUUACGUCACUUUACCAACGAGACCUUGUUAGAUGUGCUUUUCUACAACAGUCCCACUUACUGCCAGACCAUCAUGGACACUGUUGCUCAGGAGAUUAACCGACUCUAUGCCCUGUUCAUGGAGAGGAACCCGGACUUCAGAGGAGCAGUGUCCGUGGCAGGACACAGCUUAGGCUCUUUGAUUCUCUUUGACCUGCUUUCAAAUCAGAAGAAUGCCUCACCUGGAGGGGCCAUGCCAACCAUGCCCACUGCUAACGGAGAAGUCAAACAGGUGACGGCCCCCGUUGCACAGGAAAAUAGUGCCGUCACGCCUCCAGCUGUGGAGGAGCAACCCAAAGAAGACGGGGAGGAGUUUGAGGAUCUUGCUGCUAUGCUGGAACAUCUGGGCCUGUCUGAAUACAAGAGUACCUUUGAUGAGGAGAAGAUUGACAUUGAAUCUUUUCUUAUGUGCACAAUUGAGGACCUGAAGGAGAUGGGCAUCCCACUUGGUCCCAGAAAAAAAAUUGCCAAAUUUGUCAAAGAAAGAGUGAAUAAGCAGGCCGCACGCCAGGCAGCUCAGGAGAACAAAAAAGAGGUCAAAGAGGUCACUCAGACUGCAGCACCUCCACCAGCAGCUGCAACAUCAGCAGCUGCAGUUCCCUCUGAUCCGACUGUGAAGAAGCUUCCAGUGGGCAGCACCGUCUCCUCUGUCCAUGUGGACUACAAUUACUUUGAAGUUGGAACGGGGCAGGUGUCUGUCAUCUACCACACUCUGGACUUUGAGCCUGUGAAUUUCUUUGCCUUGGGUUCUCCAAUCGGCAUGUUCCUGACUGUACGAGGACUUGAGAAGAUCGAAGAGACGUACCAGCUGCCCACAUGCAAGGGAUUCUUCAAUAUUUAUCAUCCACUGGACCCAGUGGCUUACAGGAUUGAGCCCAUGAUAAUGCCAGACCAGGACUUGAAGCCUGUUUUGAUCCCACAUCACAAAGGACGGAAGAGGCUUCAUCUUGAGCUAAAGGAGUCUCUCUCCAGGAUGGGCUCUGACCUGAAGCAGGGUUUCAUCAGCUCCCUGAGGACUGCCUGGCAGACCCUCAACGACUUUGCUCGUGCUCACACCUCGAAUGCCCAACUUCAGGCCCAGCUGGCCAUCGUGGCCAAUCAGAUCGAAGAGGAGGAGAAGCAACAAGUGCACGAGGAGCAUAAGAUUCCAGACAACCCUGAGCUUCAAAAAGAAGACGACGAGUCUCAGGUGAAGAUCGGGAUGUUAAACGGAGGGAAUCGCAUCGACUACGUCCUGCAGGAGAAGCCCAUCGAGAGUUUCAACGAGUAUUUGUUUGCCCUCCAGAGUCACCUCUGCUACUGGCAAUCUGAAGACACAGCUCUGCUCAUUCUCAAAGAGAUCUACAAGACCAUGGGGAUCCAUCCAGAACAGAUGGCACAUUAAUACACAGAGUACACCCGUCUGCUUUGGUCCCAUUUAGUUUCACGUAUUACUUCUUCACUGGGAUUUUGAUUAUUUUUCCUUUUUUUUUUUUAUUGAUGUAGUUUAUUAUAUACAGAUGAAUAAUACAAUUGUAUUACGCCAUUUGUCUUAAAUUAAGAAACAUACAAAUGAGCUUGUUGAUUCAAAGAAACUUGACAAGUUUGAUAUUACAUUUUUAUAGUAUAAAUUAUAGAAAUGGGGGGAGGGGUCAAGUUUCCCAAGAACAUGUAUCAGCAGAUCGAAUACUAACAGCAGAAAGGAAGGAGCAGAAGCGAAUGCAGCCUUCUGUAAGUUUUAUUUCAUGGCAAGACUCAAAAUAAAUCAUCACCUUGCUCAAGUGUUUCGUUUGAAUUGUGUACUGCUGAUGUUUUCUCCUGCAGGGUAAGGAGAGACUCGAAGACUAUCUACAGAAAGCUGGAAUAUUUGCAAAAACAUUAAUAAUAAAAUAAUUACAGUACCAGAUGAGACCUGCUUCCUCUGUGAGGGAGAAAAAGCACUUCUUGCCUGCACUAUGUAAUCUUUAGACAGCUGUCCUCAUUAAAAUUACCCCUCUAACCUAUGUGAACUGUUCAGCUGUAACAUUAUGUGGAAUAAAAACCAGCAGCUGUGAAUACGGCUCCAAACAAGUUCAGAAGAAACGGAUCAUAGUACUGUCUGCAUGUAGGCACAUAUUUAACUCACAUGUAUGAAACAAUGGAAUAUUAGAAAAAUAUUUACAAGCAUGACUGUAACAUUCAAUCCCAGUCAAGAAGUGGGAAUCGUAGUGCUGGGAACGACGCUCGUUGUUAUCUAUACAAUAAUACUGGUCCACAUACACCUGAUAUUGUAGCGUUGCAUGCAGUAAGCAGAUCUUUGCUCCAAGUCCUUGAACCAUUUGAUCAACAUGCUUUUCAGGUGAACUCUUUACUUGGAAACAAUCAGCAAUAAACGAAUGAUAACAGCGACUGACUGUCACAAAACA